AUGGCGGAUACCUCGGCUCAACCCACGAAGAGAAAGCGCGAACUGGAUGUGGAGGAGGGGGAAGCUCCUAGCACAGAAGAAAAGGAAGCUUCUGUUGGAAAUGGUACCUCUGCGCCUGUCCGCUUACCCUUCUCCGGUUUUAGAGUGCAAAAAGUGCUGAGGGAGUCUGCGCGGGACAAAAUCAUUUUCCUACAUGGGAAGGUGAAUGAGGCCUCUGGGGAUGGGGACGGAGAAGAUGCUGUUGUGAUCUUGGAGAAGACACCAUUUAAGGUGGAACAGGUGGCCCAACUCCUGACUGGCAGCCCUGAGCUCCAGUUGCAGUUCUCCAAUGAUAUCUACAGCACCUAUCACCUGUUCCCUCCAAGGCAACUGAGUGAUGUGAAGACCACUGUGGUUUACCCUGCCACAGAGAAACACCUGCAGAAGUACUUGCGCCAGGACCUCCGGCUAAUCAGAGAGACAGGAGAUGAUUACAAGAACAUAACUUUGCCCCACCUGGAGUCCCAGAGCCUCAGUAUCCAGUGGGUAUAUAACGUUCUGGAGAAGAAGGCUGAAGCUGACCGGAUUGUUUUUGAGAACCCAGACCCCUCCAAUGGCUUUGUCCUCAUCCCUGACCUCAAGUGGAACCAACAACAGCUUGAUGACCUGUACCUGAUUGCCAUCUGCCACCGCCGGGGCAUCAAGUCGCUGCGGGACCUCACUUCAGAGCACCUGCCACUGCUCAGGAACAUCCUCCGGGAGGGGCAGGAAGCAAUCCUGCAGCGCUACCAGGUGAAGGGGGAUCGCCUCCGGGUAUACCUGCACUAUCUGCCUUCCUACUACCACCUGCAUGUACACUUCACAGCCCUGGGCUUUGAGGCUCCUGGCUCUGGAGUGGAGCGGGCGCACCUCUUGGCAGAUGUGAUUGAAAACCUGGAAUGCAACCCAAAGCAUUAUCAGCAGCGUACUCUCACCUUUGCCCUCAGGACUGAUGACCCCCUGUUCCAGCUCUUACAGGAAGCCCAGAAAAGCUGA